UUUUUCCCAAAAAAAUAAAGUUAAAAAAAUGCGGAAUCCCUUCCUCUUUUUCCUUUUGCAUAUUUGAUUCGUUUAAUCAAAUAAAGUAAUUCUGAAUUAGCUUCUCUCAAUUCUACUGCUUUCAAUUUUUCCUAAUCAUAUUAGUAAUUAGGGUUUCUUUGAUUCCCUACUGUUGUUCAGGCAGAACAAUGGCUACUGAAGAAGAGUCAAUCGAACAAGCUGCGGUUGCACGUCGAGAGAGACUCAAAGCUCUCAAAGCUGCCCAGGAACUACUGAGUACUCCUGAUGAUGAUAAGACAAAUAAUGAAAAUGAAACUUCCGCCGACAAUAAUCCCAGCAUGAAGUUUCGAAAUUAUGUUCCUCAAGCCAAGGAGCUUCAGGAGGCUAAGCUUGCUCCACCAGUGCUACCAAAGUUUGAAGAUCCUGUUGCAGCAGCACCUCCACCGUCAGAGACAAAAGAGGAUCCAUUUCUCAACAUUGCUCCGAAGAAACCAAAUUGGGACCUUCGAAGGGAUGUGCAGAAGAAGCUUGAUAAGCUAGAAAAACGCACACAGAAGGCAAUUUAUAAACUAAUGGAGGAACAAGAAAAGCAAAAACAGCUUGACGAAGAUGGCGGAACAGCUAUGGAAGAUCAGUGAUAAAUUUUAUCGCCUAUUAAGGACAGUAUUAUAGUUCAUUGGCUGAGCCAAAUGUUACAACUUAGUGAUAGAAUCUUUUUUUUUUGUUUCUCAAUCCAAGCAGUGUAAUGUGCUGUAGCCUGUCUAUUUGAUCGAGGCAAAAUUUCUACAGAGCUCUACCAUUGUAUUAAGAUACCUGAAGUUUGAAAUCUAAAGCUGAAGCAACUGAAAACCGAACCAGCAGGUUAAAACAAAUUCAAAUCCAAAGAAUAUUGAACUGAAA